AUGGAACUGACUACUUUUACAGAUUCCGGUAUCAGUUCAUCACGGAUACGAAAAUCAGCUGAUAAUCAGCGUAGGUAUCGAAAACGAGAAGCCAGUCCUCCGGAUAUUCUUCUUUCGCCGGAAUCCCAGGCAAUAACUUGUGAAGAGGGUCACUUUUGCACAUGCACGGUAGACUUUCGACGAGGUACCAUCUUCGUCGGAAGUUUGUCUUUGAUUCCUCUCCGAGACUCUUCCCCUGUGGGUGCCUCACAGUGA